UGGGAGCAUGUUGGGUUUUAUUUAUUUAUUUAUGUGUCCCGUACCCCAUAGCCCCCCCAUCUUCCCCGCUGAGCUCCAGGGAGAGGUCCGCCCUUCCUCUCUCUGCAGCCAGGGCUGACUCUUGUCUCCUCGGGCACUUCCAUACCAUGUAGCCCCUAGCUGAUCCUGGCUGGGAGGAGUGGGACCAAGCCACCCUGCCCCAUUCUCUCGAGGCAGCCCCUAGCCGGGAUGGGAUGGGAGGAGCGUGGCCUCUCUUUUAUACAUCUAUUUAUUUUGUGAGUGUGUCUCUGUGUGGAGGAGGUUGUUUGUUGCUUUAUUUUUUUUAAGGCUCUGGAGUGUUGUGUAUGGUUUCUUUUCACCUCCCGGCCUCCCCGAGGGCAUUUCCGAGAAAGAGAGGGGAUUUCUCCGCAGAGGCCAGGAGAGUCCCCUGGGACAGGGAGAGCAGUGCCUGCCAGCUGUCAUGCGCCCUCCCCCAGAAAUAAAUAUCCUCUAAAUUUUCAAACCAUCCUGUCUGGUGCUGGUUGAUUAGGUUGUCUCUGUGGGAAACCCCGCGCCCGCCCCCCAUGGCCACGCUCUCUGGGCAGCUCAGGCUGGGCCCCACCUGUUGGCUGGCGCCUUGUUCUUCCAGGAUCCACAUCGGACUAGGCAUCAUCCACCCUUCCCGCCUGGCUUCGUGCAGCCACAGCUCUGGAGAUGUGAAUAUUCCGCGGUGCUGCUGUAUUUGUGGCCUCAGGCUCCAGGAGACUCCAAGAGUCACGGACAGUGGCCUAACCGGAUUGGAGAGGACACUGUGCUGGCGCCACAGUGUCAUUCCGGGAUCCUGCACACACACCCCUGGGGAGCCGCAGGUGGCCUGGAGCCCACAUUCCUGGGCCCAGGUGGGGGGUGGCCGUGCCAGGCUGCAGACAUUUCCCACAUUCCUCCCCAAGAUGAGCAAGCUGAGUCUCGGAGAGACGACGGCAGGAACUCACUCACGGACACACAGCUGGUGCUCGGUGGACCCAGGACGGACCCGGCUUUGGCGACAAUGCCGUUGCCCCAAACCGAAGCCUGGCCAGCCGCGGUCAGGAGUCUCUGCCUUGCAUGGGACAUGGGGCACGCAGGGGUGCGCCAGACAGAGACUCCCUCUCCUCGAACAUCUCGAAAUCCAUCCUGAAAGACGGAGAGAAAAAUAGGUCGAUGGCAACACAGCCCGGUGACUGCCAGCAUGGAGUCAGGGUCCGAGGAAGGACGCAGAGUGACGUAGGCCGCCUCCACCGCGACACGCUCUUCACCCACUCCAGCACCUCAGCAGCCCUCCAGCCAGAGAGUCCUUUCUGUCACCUCCCUUCAGUUUCCCUCGCCCCCAGGGCCCGGUGCCCCUGACCGUGGCCGAUGACCCCACCCUAGGUCUCAGCAGCUAGAAGACAGACUCUUACGGACUCCCCGGCUGAUACUCCCAUCAUACAGAUGAAGAAACUGAGGCCCAGAAAGGAGAGGUGACCCGUCCGAAGUGCCCCCAGCACAGGGGUGCCGAGCCCGGGUUCUUUCUCACCCACUGGAGGCGGCUCUGCCACGAGGCGCCCACACCGGGAGGGGACUGCCUGGAGGAAGGGACAGGGGCCCUGUCUCCACGACGAGCAGAAGACACCGUGCAGCCAGGGCAGGGACCGGGGCGGCGGGAGAAAGCUCGAGGGGUGCAGCGGGUGACCAGGCGGGAGGCUCAGCCCGGCACCGUCAUGCACGGUCGUCUUACCGCACUCCUGAAAGGCAGGGCCGCGGAGACCUACAUUUGUCAAAAUUAAAUAAAGUUCGAAGCUCAGCUCCUCGGCUGCACUCGCGGCAGUCAAGUGCCCGGCAGCCACCGCGGCUGGUGACGGCAGUGUCAGUGGGAACGGGGAACAUUCCCAGUGCGGCGGGACACUGUUCCUACGGCACUGCGCCGUUCCACGCUCGCAUGCCAUCGCGUUUGAAGAGCAUCUCUCUAGUUCCGCCGAUGCACGUGUGCUGUAGGAAACUGCACAAGGACGCGACCCUGGAGUCAUAGUGGUCCCCACCUACUAUCAGCAUUUGACGUGGGUCUGUCCAGUCUUUACUCUUCAUGGAAAAGAAAAUCCAAAUGAUGCGCAGUCGUUGUGAAAGAUGCAAACGCUAUGGGGGCAUAGAGAGUAAAAAUGUUGUCCUUUAACCCCCCCACACCAGAUGCCAGCCCUGG